UUCAUGUCACUCAUUCUAUGCAAACAACAACGCACCUCCCUAUGCUGACUGCCUUCAUCAGUAGGCUACAGAGAAGACUGAACCAGAAAACAAGAAUACGUCUCAUCAGAGCACAAAGCAAAGGAAAAUUCAAUCAAAACCCAAUUUUCAGAGUAAUGGAUCCCAGCCAGUCUUUCAGUCAGCCUCCAGGAGCAUGGGAUUCAUCUGAGAAAUCAGCAAUGUUGCAUCCUUCAGCACCACCACCAGCAGACCAGGACAGUGCUGGAUAUCCUCCCUCCUCAGGGCCGUAUUCAGGAGAAGCUGUGGUUGCUGUACAGCCUGCAGUUUUUGAGAUCGCUACUCCACUGGCCAGUUCAUUGCCAGAUUACUUGGGUUACUCCAUCUUUACCAUGCUGUGCUGCUGUUUUCCUCUGGGCAUUGCUGCGCUGAUUUUCUCCUGCUCUACUCGAAACGCCAAUUUCUCAGGACAGCGAGAAUUAGCAGAGAAGAACUCCAAAAUGACACUCAUCCUGAAUCAUGCCUCCCUUGGUGUUGGCCUCGUUUUCAUUGUACUGUUGAUUAUUGUCAAUGUCUUAACUUCACUUCAUAAAAGCUGAUAGAGCUGUCAUGGUUGGAUGCAGAUUACAAACAGAUUUGAUUCUCUGCAUUGUAAAUGCCAUUUGCUCAAUGUAUCAUUAAAGCCUAUGACAUGUGCUUUAAGACUGAUUAUUGCAUGUUUAGACUUUUUUUCUUAUCUUGAGCUGUGCUAAUUAGAUUUUAUUUUUAUUUUUUUUUACAUAGAGUUUUAUUAUGUAUGUAUAUAAUAAAACUGUAUGUUAAAAAAAUCUAAUUAGCUGAUAAAAAGGGUUUUAAAAAUGUGGAUUGGCAGAAAUCUAUCAGAAAUCUGUCAAUCCACAUUUUUUAACCCCUUUUUUUAUCAUGCAUGCAACAUCUUUAUAUGACAGUAAAUAACUACUGUACCUUCCAAUUUAUGAGAAAUUAAUUUCGGGUAACACUUUAUAAUAACUUUAAUAAAUCAUUAACAAACAUUAUAUAAUGCUUAACAGAUCAUUAGUUAAUAUAUUUAUAUAUAUAGAGAGAGAGAGAGAGAGAGAGAGAGAGAUAUGGCUAGAAACAUGAGAUAAUGUGCUUGUUAAUGUUUACUAAACUUAUUUAACAUUACCUAAAGAUCAACAGAUAGUUCAUUUAAAUUACAAUGCUUACAAAUGUCACUAAACAUUUAAUUCAUAUGAUCAUGCACAUCUUGAAAAUCGACACAUUAUUUUUUUCAGAUGCUUUACAAUGAUAAAAGCUUUUGUUAAUGUACAACACUUUUGCUGCUAUUGAGGUGUGAUAUGGGUAGGUUAGGGUUAGGGUUUGGUAUUAUGGGUUUGUUUAAGGGUUGGAUAAGGGCUCAACAAGUGUAGAGGGGUCAGUUUUUGAUUAUUAAAAGGGAGCAUGGUUCAAUCUGUUUAUAUUACAUUGUUUUGAGAAAUCAACAAGUAUUUUUAUUUGUUUUUUCCUGCUGAUGUAUGAUUCAAGGAAUACCCUGUUUAAUGAUGAAGUAUAUACUAAUAUAAAUGUUGAGGAAAUAAAAAUGUUUUACACCCAAAUUACAUAUAUUAUGUCUUUAAGGAG